AUGAUAGAGCCCAAAAUAGCAUAUGAACCAGAAAUCAAUCUGGGAAAUAACGUUCUUGAGGAGAUCCCACCUGUGUUAAAACACCUCAGUUGUCUAAAUAAACUUUAUUUAUAUGGAAACAAAAUCAGCCAUUUGCCACCAGAGGUGCUGGAAGGUCUACCAAACCUUGAGCUUCUAAAUGUGAACCACAAUAGAAUCAAGGUCAUUCCUGCAGAAAUAAAGAGGCUGUGUAGUCUAAAAAGCAUCAGUGUCACAGACAAUCAUUUGCAGCAGAUUCCAUCUGAACUGGGCUUGCUGAAGAGUUUGACUGAGAUUAACUUCACUAAUAAUAAACUGACUCAAAUACCACAGCAGUUAUACAGUUUACCACAGCUGAGGAAAUUGUACUUGGCCCGAAACAACCUGACAGAACUACCAGAGGGCGCUCUUGGAUGGAAAAAUGUGAAGAUCUUGGAUGUUGCUGGAAACUGUUUAUCUGUGUUUCCUUUUUUGUUUCAGUUUCUUACAUUGGAGGAACUGUUCUUUGAAGGAAACAGUUUAGUUCCAUUCACACUGAUGGAGUCCAUUCAAGAGAAAGAAGUCUUCUCAUUAAAGGAGCUCUCAGCCAGGCUGACCCUCCAGCAGAGCACUAAUAAGUUGUCAGUGGUGUCCAGAGCUCUGCCAGCAUACCCAGAGCUGCAGGACAUGCUGUCUCACUGGGGCCAGUGUGCUUUGUGCUCACAGCCCUUCCUCACCACCUGGCUGGAGUGUGUGCAGUUCAUCAACACCAGGAAGCACAUGGGAAUGAAAAGCUCUCAGUCUGUUCCAGUCAGAGUUCUGCUGUGUUCUUACGACUGCUUCAACAGAGACGACCAUCAGUACUAUGGGCUUGUACGAUUAUAAAUUAAAAAUGCAUCUUAUU